AUGUCUCCCUCUUCCCAGGCCGCCUCAGCGCCCUCACGUAGGAAUAAUGGGCGAAAGCGAUAUAAUAUAAUAUUUGUUCAUCCCGAUCUCGGCAUUGGUGGCGCAGAGCGCUUGAUCCUUGACGCCGCACUCGCGCUGCAGUCCCUCGGCCAUAAGAUAACAAUCUACACAUCCCACCGUGAUAAAAGCCAUUGCUUUGAAGAAGCUCGCGAUGGGACUCUUGACGUGCGCGUCCACGGCGAUAAGCUGUUCCCAGCGCAUAUUAAAGGCCGAUUCCACGUUCUGAUGGCGAUACUAAGACAGCUGUCUCUAGUCUACUACCUAUCAGAAAGCACCAGCACCGACGAGCAGGUUGACGACAUAUUCAUCGUUGACCAGGUUCCAGCUUGUGUACCUGUCCUUAGAGCGUUGAGAUAUAUAACGAGCCGGAAGUCACAGAAGAAGAGACAGCGAACUCUGUUCUACUGCCAUUUUCCGGACCAGCUGCUGGCUCGGCGCGGCGAGGGGGGCGCCGUCCUGAGAACACUGAAGGCUCUAUACCGUUUCCCCUUUGACUGGUUCGAGGGUUGGGCAAUGAAUGCGGCGGAUAGGACUGUGGUCAAUUCUCGGUUCACCAAGGGAGUGGUGGGAAAGGUCUUUGGGAGCAGUAUUGGGAAGGAUGUACAGGUUGUUUAUCCGUGUGUUGACACACAGAGAAACGAGAUGUCUGACGUGGAGAAGAUCGAUAAUGGUGGACUAUGGGAUGGGCUGAAGAUACUGUUGAGCAUUAAUCGGUUUGAGCGGAAGAAAAACAUCGAGCUGGCGAUCCAGGCAUACCGUGGCAUUGCAGAGGCAGACAGGAAAGGCACUAGAUUGGUGAUUGCAGCUACCUCUCAGACCAUCGUCUCUGCCCUGUCCGUCCCAGAAUCGAUAAAUGUUUUGUUCCUUCUUUCCGUUCCCUCUGCUUUCAAAGAAACGCUCCUCUCCUCCUCUAGCCUUCUGCUCUAUACUCCGUCAUACGAACACUUUGGUAUUGUUCCGGUAGAGGCAAUGUAUGCUGGCCUACCAGUGCUCGCAGACAACACUGGCGGUCCAUUGGAAACCAUCGUCGAAGGCAAGACCGGCUGGCUCAGGUCUUCGGAAGAGGUAUCUGGCUGGACGGAUGUCAUUAGCCACGUGUUACAGCGAAUGUCGCAGGCCGAGCGUCUCGAGAUGGCCAACUAUGCAAAACAGCGAGUUGAAAAGGAAUUUUCUCUCCAUGCAAUGGGUGAAAGGCUCCAAGACCAAAUUGACAAGAUGCUCCAAGUCAAAGAUCGCACAUUUCUGCCCUUUGAGGUAAUCCUUGGACUUGGCCUGGUCCUCGGCGUGGUAUCUACUGUUCUCAUCUGGCUUGCCAUGAGCACGGGUUUAAAUUUGCAGCGCAGUCCAUUGUAA